AUGGUGCUCAAGGUCACCCUCUGCUCGACGCCCGCGUCCAUCGCACUCGCUGUGUCUGCCCUCUCCAUUCAUUCCGUUAUACUAGUCGAAUGUAUCGGAAAAGACCUCGGCAAGCCUGGGUGCGUCCUCAGCAUCAUAUCACUCUGCGACUCUCUCGCCGGACAAGUCUUUCUCAUCGACGUGCUCGCCUUUCCGUCCUCUCCGAAUCACUGCAUCUCCCAGUCAUCCACCACCCCGCCUUCAAUCCCAUGCCCUCACCCCGCACUCGCCCCCCUCCUCGCGCUCCUCUCCCUACCGCACAUCACCAAGGUCUUCUUUGACGGCCGCCCGGACGUGUUGGAGCUUCUGCUCGCUUACGGUCUCGUGCUCGCGAACGUCCUCGACCUGCAGCUUGUCGAAGUCGCCGCGCGUGUGCACAAGUGUAAGCCAGGCCGGCCAGAUCCAGACCUCAUCAAGCACUCUUUCAAAUCAAUCUCCGCCGAAGUCGAGGACAACCCCAGCGCGUACGCGGGCAUCCACACGCUGCGCGGUCUCGAGCACGUUGUCGGCUUGUAUAACUUGCUGCCUAAGGAUAGCGACGCCACUGGGAGGGAGCUGAAAGACUCCGCGGUCGUCGCGAUGCGCAAAUCAUGCGGCUCAGCAAUGUGGCUCGCGCGCCCGCUCCCCGAGCUCCUCUUGACCUACGCUGCGCACCGGCUCUCGCUGAUCGCCGCCGUGUACGCGCACUUCACGGGCCGGAAGUGGGUGUGCGAGCACAUGCGCACGCUUCGAGCGCAGUCCUCAGUAUACGUGGGCCUGCUUGCAUCGCGCGAGGAGAGCGAGCGCCUGAAUAAGCUUAGAAUCAGGCUGCUCCUGCCACUGGGGAUCAUCGACAGGGAUGGGGGCGACGAGGUCGACAAAAGCGCACCACGGUACGUCUGCGAGUGCUGUCGUCGUGAUCUCACCUUGGACUGCUACGCGAUGCGGCUCCAAAGCACGGAUACGUCCGAGAGUGUCGAGGGGCAGGGUGUAGGUGAUGUCACGCAGGCCGAUGCGCGGGAGAGGCUGUCAUAUUGCCGGUUGUGCAACGCGAUCGCGCAGAGGAACAAGCGGGCUUUGGGCGAGUGGGUUGUUUUCUGA